UCGCUUGCAUUUGACCGAGUGCAAUUUUAGGAUCUAUUUGUGAACACAUUGAGGAACAGUCGUAUAUAGUAGAAUUCGGUUGUGGUGGAAAAGAACGAAAAAAAAAUGGCGAAUAUUCGUGAUUGAGGACGACCAACAAAGUCAAAGGAAUUGACAGCGAGAAAAGAGCUCGAAAAACGAGUGAAACUUGCAUCGCAAAUAAAAAGUUAUUACCAGGACGGUGAUUGCGAAACGUCAUAAAACAAUUCAUACGAAUCGAGCGACUUCGUAGGGCAAGGAGCAUAACUAUUACUUUCUUAAAGGGGGUUAUCUCUCGAAUGACAUAUAUCAAAUAAAUGUUAACGCAAUGGGCAAUGUAUCGAAGGAUUCAAUGACUUCGCGUUGUACCUCGUUGUGAUCUGAUUUAAUUUUAUUCCAACGAUCAUUUCAUUCAUCGGAAACGUCAGCAGACCUCCGAUGAGAGCUCGAUACACGUACAAAAUGCAGAGCAGAAUAAUACGACGAUUAUAUUUAUAUAUUUUAUUAUCACGAUAAUAGGUAUACUUGCCUAGAUUUUAGAUUUUAUAUAACACAAUAAAGAUGGAUCAAGAAACAGUAUAUGGUACGCACGAAGACAGUCAUGUUGUCAUGUCUGAAAAAGUACAGUCCUUGGCAGGCAGUAUUUAUCAAGAAUUUGAAAAGAUGAUUGCAAGAUAUGACGAAGAUGUAGUCAAAGACCUAAUGCCUUUGCUAGUCAAUGUUUUAGAAUGUUUAGAUGUAUCCUAUACAGAAAAUCAAGAACGCGAAGUUGAAUUAGAAUUAUUAAGGGAGGAUAACGAACAGCUAGUUACACAAUAUGAGAGAGAAAAGCAACUGAGGAAAACGUCUGAUCAGAAAUUGCUCGAGCAAGAAGAUGUUGCAGAAGAUGAAAGGAAAGAAUUAUUAUCAAGAAUUGACAGUUUAGAGUCAAUUGUAAGAAUGUUGGAGCUGAAAACAAAGAAUUCGCAAGAUCACGUUGUUCGUCUCGAAGAAAAGGAAACAGAGCUAAAACGUGAAUACGCCCGCCUUCAUGACAGAUAUACAGAAUUAUUUAAGACACAUGUAGAUUAUAUGGAAAGAACAAAAAUGUUGGUUGGUAGUACGGAAAGAUUAGAAAAUGCAACUGGCGGUCGUGGUCCAUCAAGAUUGCCUUCUCUUGGUUUAGCCCACAUGUCAAGAAGUUCUGGUCCUUUAAGUUAUGGAUUUCAAAGUUUAGAAGCAAGUAUAAAUGCAGAAGAACCUCAAGAUGAAAGCCCACCAAAUGCUGCAAAUUUAAGAACUGAAAUGUUGGAUAGUAGUAGUGAAGCUGCAAUAGAAACCUCUGAUAAAAGUCAAUUAACAGAUCAGCCUGAACAAGAAAAUAAGACUACUGCAAUUUCCAGACAUGAAAGUCCUGAGACUGAAUUGCCACCACCACUGAUAACACCGACGACACCAAGUGGAAUGGAGAAAUUAGCUACAACACCAAGUGGUGGUAGAAGUAAAACUGAAAGAGAACAAAGAAGUGGCAAUACAUUGUAUCAGGAACUUAGUUUCCAAGAUGCAGAUGCGUUAGGUGAAAUGGAUGAAGGUGCAGAUAUCACAGGUAGUUGGGUCCAUCCUGGUGAAUAUGCAUCAUCGGUCAAUGACAACUUUUAUGGAAUGGGAAAAGAAGUGGAAAAUCUUAUUAUGGAAAAUAAUGAAUUACUAGCUACAAAGAAUGCCCUUAACGUAGUUAAGGAUGAUUUAAUAGUUAAAGUGGAUGAACUGACUAGCGAGCAAGAAAUAUUACGCGAGGAAGUUCGUGGUUUGCAGCAAACUAAGGAUCGCUUACGUCAACGUGUUGCGGCACUUGAAGAAGAAUUAAAGAAAGUGAAAGAGGAUGCUGAGGCUGUCGCAAAAGCAGCGAAGAGCGAUGACGAAGAGGACGUGCCUUUAGCUCAAAGAAAAAGAUUUACAAGAGUGGAAAUGGCCAGAGUUCUCAUGGAAAGAAAUCAAUAUAAGGAAAGAUUUAUGGAGCUUCAAGAAGCUGUUAGGUGGACUGAAAUAAUUAGAGCAAAUAAAAUUGAUCCUUCCAAUACAUCAGGAGGAAAAGGUUCACAAUUUUGGAAGUUUUUUAGUAGUCUCUUCACAACAACUGAUCGUGGGAAUUUAGUUCGUGGAACACAUACCUUACCUCAUAUUCGCUAUAGUGCACCAACGAAUCAAGUUGUUCCAGCCGUGAGCACCAUGCGUAAACACACGUUGAAAAAUCGCCAUGACUUUCUCGACCAAGGAGACACCAUAUCUUCUGAAAAACUCGUAGCCCGCCGAGCAAACGAACGAAGAGAACAAUAUCGUCAAGUCAGGGCACACGUUAGAAAAGAAGACGGUCGAUUACAAGCUUAUGGAUGGAGUUUGCCAGGAAAACCAAUAGCACCAGUAAGACAACCUGUACCAGUACCAGUAUAUUGUAGGCCUCUUCAAGAAACAGAACCAGGAAUGAAAAUUUGGUGUGGAGCUGGUGUAAAUCUAACUGGAGGCAAAACACCAGAUGGUGGUUGUAUGAUUGGAGGAAGUGUAUUUUAUGCAGCUGAAGCAUCAGAAACAAAUACGACUAAAACAGAAGCUGAAGAUGCGAUUGAACAUUUAGACAAUGAACUUCAAGAAAAUGAACAACGUAGAUUGGAGGCAGAACAAUUGGAACAGAAACUUAGUUCCUUGGUCUGGAUUUGCACAUCGACUCAAAAGAUGUCAAAAGUUACAGUUAUAGAUGCCAAUAAUCCAGCAGAUAUUUUAGAGGUUUUUAGUGUUUGUCAAGGACAUUUACUUUCCAUUGCUAGUGUACCUGGUGCCAUGGAAAGUGAUUAUCCUAAAAACUUGAAGGAGAAUUUGACAUAUAAAGUUAAUAAUAAAAAUGGUGAUAACAUAGAUAGUAAUCACGAUGAAACGAUCAUAAUCGAACAUAUUGAUCAGAACGAACAGAAAAAACUCCAAGAAGCAACGACUUCUAUCGAGAACAAUAAACAGGAGAAUGGUAAUUCUGUCGAAGAACAAAGUAAUGAAACUCUAGAAAAAACAAAAGAUAUGGAUCAGAGUUCGAGUGCCGGACCCCAAAGUUUGGAAAGUGUAGAUAGCGAAACAGCAAAUUUAGGAAAGGUUUAUUUUAUUAAAUGCAAUUCAGAAGUAGUGAACGAUGAAUUAAAUUGCAAAGAAGAUAAGAACGAGGAAGAUGAAAAUAAGGAAAUAGAGGAAAGUACACCUAUCGAAAAAAUGUCAUCAAUACAACCAACCAUGUGGCUGGGAGCUCAAAAUGGUGCUGUUUUUGUACACUCGGCUGUUGCCAAAUGGUCUGUUUGCUUGCAUUUUGUAAAAUUAAAGGAUGCGGCUGUGGCUAUCGUGCACGUUCAAGGCCGCGUUUUAGUUGCUUUGGCCGAUGGAACUGUAGCUUUGUUCCGAAGGGGCCCAGAUGGUCAAUGGGACCUUUCUCAGUAUCAUGUUAUUACUUUAGGAAGCCCACAACACUCGAUCAGAUGUAUGACCGCUGUCAGUGGAAAAACAGUAUGGUGUGGAUAUAGAAACAAAAUCCAUGUGAUAGAUCCUAUUAGAAUGACUGUUGAAUGCACUGUCGAUGCUCAUCCUAGAAGAGAGUCACAAGUGAGACAAUUGGCAUGGUUAGGCGAGGGCGUUUGGGUUAGCAUUCGAUUGGAUUCAACAUUAAGACUCUAUCAUGCACAUACUUAUCAACAUCUACAAGAUGUUGAUAUAGAACCUUAUGUCAGUAAAAUGCUGGGAACAGGGAAACUCGGAUUUUCUUUUGUACGAAUCACAGCUUUAUUAAUUUCCUCAAAUAGGUUGUGGAUUGGUACUGGAAAUGGAGUGAUAAUUUCAGUACCACUAUCCGAAAGUGCAGGCGGUUCAAUGGCAGUAUCCAGAGUUCAAACGGGAGCUAAUAAAGGUGAUGCACCAGGAAUUGGUGUUAGAGUCUUUGCAUCGGAACGAGGCGUUGCAGUUGGAAGCUUUAUACCGUAUUGUAGUAUGGCUCAUGCCCAACUAAGUUUUCAUGGGCACAGGGAUGCCGUAAAAAUGUUUGUCGCUGUACCUGGCCACGGUGGUCAAAGUGCAGCAACCGAUGGUUCACAGCCUGCGAUGCUUGUAUUAUCAGGGGGCGAAGGUUACAUUGAUUUUAGAGUCGGUGAUGGAGAAGAAACAGAAGAGAGUAUCGAACGGUCUAAUGCUAUAAUAGCAGCCAAUGCUGACGAACAUGGUGAACAAAGUCAUCUUAUUGUUUGGCAAGUCCAGUGUCCGAUACCGAUGCCCAGUUAGCCUAUGAAAUGGGAAGACAACUUCAUCAUGGUGCACGGAUAGCUUAUGUCUCAAUAAUGUUUGAUCAACAAAUCCCCAUAUGUUGGAAACAAACAAAAAGUCAAUGAAUGAUAUUUGUUGAUUCAUGAAAGAAAAAGAAAAAAAAAAUAUGCGGUCGUAAUAUAACUUUAAAAAUAAUAUGGUUUCGUACAGCAGUAUAAGGAAAAGCGUUUUAAACAAUAAUAAGUAACAUUUUGCGAUAAACAUAUAAGAUCUUUGCAUGUAUUGCAUUUACUCUGCUUCUACGUUGAGUAAUCUAGGAGGAAGAGGAAGGAAAAAAAUAUAUAUAUUAUAUAUAUAUAUAUAUAUUUACUGAAUUUGAAGUAACUUAAACAAAUUUUAUAAAUUUCGAGAUGUUCUUAGAAUUAAAUGCUUAUCCCAAUAUGUUUCGGCAUUUCCUAAUCUGUUGUAGUUGAACCGAAUUAUUCUAAUAAUCGUAUGCACUUAUCACGGAAUAACGUCGAUUUUUAUUUCACAUAAGUUAUUUCAUAUAAGGAAUUAUAUGUUGUUAAAUGUAUAUGAAAUAAGUAACUGGGUAAUCACGUUAAAAAAAAAAAAAAAUCACAUUAGAUAGAAUUAAAAAGGGGAAAAAAAAAAACGUUGGGCAUUAAAAGGGCACUAAAGUUAUAAUGUUCUUGCCAUAAAUCGAUGCGACGAACAAACAAUAAGAAAUAAAAUCUAAUGAAUUUGGAAAUAUUGCCGUGACAUAGUUAUUCAUAUAUCGCGUUCUAAGCAUUGUUUCACUAUAAAAGUCAAAUGGGAUAAGUGGUGCAAUUAACUCAGGCAGAAUUUAGUUAUAGAAUUAUAAUUUACUGCGUCUUUUAAUUCAUUUUACUUCUACAAAAAAAAAAAAAAAAAAAAAAAAGAAAAAAAAAGAAAAGAAAAGAAAAAACGAAGAAGAAGAAGAAGAAAGAAGGAAGGAAGAAGAAGAGAAGAAAAAAAAACGAAAGAAAAUAUACAUCAUAUAUAAUCUAUUUGUUAUUAUUUGCGAAUGAACUUCACGAAAUCGUCUUUUACGAUUGUUCAUAAUUUCGACGGAUUUAAAUCAGCCAAUUAUGUAAAUAUUAUAACCAUUUUUAUAGCGCAAAUAGGAACGUAAUUAUUUAAUUAUUUAUUGACGGAAAUAAUGAAUUAUAAUUUCAAUAAGAAAAUUCUUUCUUUCCGUCUUUUAAAGCUUUACGUUCUCUUCAAUAUACAUACGUAUAUUACCAAAGACAUGGAUCUAUUUGUUAUGUCUGUCUAUUUAUCUAUCUAUCUAUCUACCUAUGUAUCUACCCAUCUAUCUACCUAUCUACCUAUCUAUCUAUCUAUCUAUAUUUUUCUUUGUUGCGUUGUCAGUGAUUCAACGUUCAAAUUCUCGUUUCUAUAAACAAGUUAGGAUCGACUGAAGGUGAAAUCUUUUUAGUAAUUACUUUUAUUUUUUCUUGAGCUCUAUUCACAGCCAUUUAAAACUUAUGAAAUUUUAUAAUUGCCUACGUUAUUAUCGCGAACGCGACGAUUAAGAGGACGAAGAUUGUGCGUAACUGUGAGAGCUCGCUUAUAAUAACGAGCUCAGAUCUGUACCUGGCUCAGCUGAAGCUGCAACGACAUUAAUAAAGAGUUGCAAAAAUAAAAAUGUGUAUACGAAU